GUUGGGGAGGAGAGAAAGACUGAGCCAGGCACUGGACUUGUUGAGGCGAAGAAUACUCCACAGGUCUGUAGAUAACAGCCAUCAGAAUCUUGAAUGAGUGAUAAAGAUGGAGUGAAUGAACUUCAAAGGAGGAGAGGUUACCAAGAGAUGGGGGUAAAGGGAGAACCUGGAAGUGGCAAUGAGGAGAAAGAUCUAACUCCCCUUCCACUCUCAGAAUGCUGGGGCACAGAAGUGAAAUUGCAGCCAGUGCUAGAGGACUAGCCAGCGUAUCAUCAGGAAGAAGCCAAGUCUCAAUGACCCCAAGAAGAUGGAAAGAACAAGAAAGGAAAAGGAUCCACCUUUCUUUUUCCUUUUCAACUUACCAUAUGAUGGAAUCCUCAGUCAAAAGACACAAGAUUCUGGAAAUCCAAGUCCCUGACACUUUCUAAAGUUGAUUGCAGCACUCCUGCCUCUUUGCUGUGGGCCUAUACUGGGAAGGUCCUCAGGAAAGUUACUGCUCAGUAAAGUUGGAGAAGGGAUCAAGAUGGUCACUGUGAAAUCAAAAGGCCGCAGGCUCUUGCUGUCCCUGACCACCAUUAUCCUCCUCACUACAGUGAUCUCCCUGCUGCUCUAUGCCCUGCUCUGGAGAUCAGGCAACCUCAUUGACCUUCCCACCAUAAAAAUUGGCUUCUACAACUUCUGCCUAUGGAAUGAGAGCUCCCAUUUUCUCCAGUGUCAUCAGUUCCCUGAGCUGGAACGGCUGAGGGUGUCCCAGAUUGGAAUUGCCCUGGCAAGGUUUGGUGUCUAUGGGGCCCUAGUCAUUGCUCUAUUUGCCGCCCUGCCAUUCCUACUGGCCUGGUUUUAUGGUAACAAGGACAAGUGGAAUCUGUCAGUGGUGCUCCUAGGGGCUUCAGCAGGGAUGCUGCUCGGCGGACUUUUGCUCUUCCUCUUCUACAUUGCUCAAUGGAUCCAACCUUCAAAGCUGGGUGCUGAGUUUCUAGCUCUGGUUGGGGCAGAAAUCAUGCUACUGCUUCUGCUGCUUAUUAUUGUCAUGUAUCCCCUUGGUUAUGGAGGAGCAAGCUUGAACCCCAGGGAACAAAGACCUACAUCUACAGAGAGAGCAGCCCUACAUCUGUGGCCUCACUCAAAAUAGAUAUAAACCCACAGAAGUUUUCUAAGAAUCACUGGGAAUGUGAGAGAGACAUCCCCGUUCAUUUGCCCUUUUCUCCCUAAGGAAAACUGGGGGUAGAUAAAGCUCAAUGAAUUCUUCUCCAUAUCUAUCUCUUGGGUCUUUAAUUCCUUCUACCAUAAAAAAAAUAGAUAUGGAAAGACCUUUUUGUUGUUCAGUCAUUUUUCAAUCAUGUCUGACUCUCUGUCACCCCAUUUGGAGUUUUCUUGGCAGAUAUUGGAGGGAUUUGCCAGUUCCAUCUCCAAUUCAUUUGACAGAUGAGGAAACUGAAGCAAAGCAGGGUUAAGGGAUUUGCCCAGGGUCACACAGCUAGAAUGUGUCUGAGGCCAGAUCUGAACUCGAGUCUCUGUGUUCAGGUCAAUUUCUUUUUUCCAACUGUGCCAUCUAGCUGCCAGGAAGACCUUAGAUGUCAAAAAAUUUUGCACUGAAAAAAGAUAGCGAUAUGGCAGGAAAAAUUUAGGGAAGACAAUAAAUCCUUAGAUUUAUUGUCAGACCCUGCAAUAGGGCAUGAAAAGGACAGGCAAGGAACUUGAAGGGCAUAUCACAUUAUUUUUAGGGAUGAAAGAAAAAAAGUGAACGCUUAUCAUGAAUCCUUAACCACAUUGAGAAUAUGGGCACACUUAUCUAUCUACUGCUCCAAUCAGAGAUAAACAACCUAUAAAUUAGUACUGUAUUCCAUACUUUAUCAAGCAUCAUUUAGCUUUUAAAGUCUGGAUGUUUAUUUUGCAUAAGGAUAACAAAGUAGAAUAUCUUUUGUGCCACUUUUUAAAUUUAUCCUGUGUUUCCUCUAUAUACAUCUUAUUCCCACAUACCACUUCAGAGAUGCCUGGUAGUUCUGAUAAUAAUGUGCCAAAGUUUUGACUCCUCACAUAGCACAGCAAUAAGAAUAUAAUAGAGUUGAGUUCAUUCUACCUCUCCUUUAGAAAUUGGGUUUUUUACCAAGAGAACAUCAUACACAGCAACAAAAAGAUUAUAUGAUGAUUAAUACUGAUGGACAUGGCUCUUUUCAAUAGUAAGGUGAUUCAGACCAAUUCCAACAGUCUUGUGAAUGGAGAGAGUCAUCUGCACCUAGGGAGAGGUCUGUCAGGACUGUGUGGAUCACAACAUAGUGUUUUCACUUUUUUAUUGUUUGCCUGCAUUUUUCUUUCUCAUUUUUUUCCUUUUCUGAUUUUUCUUCUGCAGCAUGAUAAUUGUGGAAAUAUUUAGAAGAAUCGCACAAGUUUAACAUAUAGAUUAGAUUAUUUGUCAUCUAGGGAGGCAGGGUGGGGGAAAAGGAGGGGAAAAAAUUGGAACACAAGAUUUUGCAAAGGUGAAUGUUGAAAACUCUGCAUGUGUUUUGAAAAAAAAAUAAAAAGCUUUAAAAAAAGAAAA